AUGCACUUCGCCAUGCCUCCGCGCAAGACAUCGAGGCCCCCGCCCUACGCCACGCGGAACAACCAGAACGCCUCCUUCAUACCGCCUGCGUUCAAGAACCUGCUGCGGAGCAGGUCCCGAGUGAUUGUCGGCGCCGUGCUGGGCUUCCUCACACUGCUCUGGCUUCUGGGGAUAGGCGGGAGUUCCCGCUCCACACCUCUGGCCAACAUACCCAAGGUCGCCGUUGGGAGUGGCGCGCCUGUAGUCAUUGUCACCGUACUCGACCCGCAGGCAAAUCCGGCAUGGGUGCAGAAGAUCAAGGCGAACAGGGAGGACUAUGCUAAGAAGCACGGCUACCUGACGCACUUCCCCACCACGACCCAGUACCCCCUCAACAAUGCGCCUCAAACAUGGUCCCGCGUCCCCGCCCUCCGCCACGCCAUGACCCUCCACCCCGGGUCCACGUUCUUCUGGUACCUCGACAGCAGCGCGCUGAUCAUGGCGCCCGAGAUCGACCUCCAAGCCCACCUCCUCUCGCCUGCGAAGCUCGAGAAACACAUGAUCACCAACGCGCCCGUUGUGCCGCCCGACAGCGUCAUCAAGACGUUCGGCAACCUGAAGGGCGACAGGAUAGACUUUGUGAUUGCGCAGGACAAGGAGGGUCUUGCGCCGAGCAGCUUCGUCGUGCGCAACGGCGAGUGGGCCAAGUUCUUCCUGGACAGCUGGUUCGACCCCAUCUAUCGAAGCUACAACUUCCAGAAAGCCGAGAGCCACGCACUGGAGCACAUUGUGCAAUGGCACGGCACCAUUCUCGCCAAGCUCGCCAUGGUCCCGCAGAACCUGCUUAACGCCUACGUCUCGGGCCCGAAUGCCCAGGACGGGCAGUACAAGGAGGGCAAUCUAGUGGCCAAUUUCCCCGGCUGCGACAAGGACGGGCGAGAAUGUGCCAAGGAGCAGCAGCCGUUCUUCGAGGUGCUGGAGAGGAAGCGCCAGGGUUACAGUUAG